AUGAGAGCAAGAAACCAGAAUCACACAAAGCGCCGCACGGUAUGGGUCAGUCAAACGGACUCAGAGCCAUGCGCGAAUGUCUCUGAGAUUGCAUCUGCAAUGGAUCAAGCUAUUACGAAAAAGUUCGCGGGCAAAGAGCAGAUGGCAGCGCUUGAGACCGAGGGAUUUCACAUGAAGUCGAAAGCCUUGCAUGAAGAUCCAUGGAGCACAUUUGAGCCAAUUGCAGUUACCAUCUUAGAUCAUUCAUAUGUUUUGGCUCGAUACAAGGAAGACAAAGGCAGACUUGUCCAAGUUCGGAAAAUGGAGCUGCAAGCAUUCUCCGACCUUGGAUUGCAACGAACGCUAAAUCGCAUCUCUCACCCCAGUUUUCGGUCCUUGCUUGGAUGCUAUCACCAUGGUGAUUCGGUGUUUUUGGCCUGGGAGCAUGUAGAAGUUUCCGUCGUUCAGAUCCUGGCAUCGAAGCUCGUGAUGAGGGCGAGUGAAAUCAUUGCAAUUGUCAAGCCGAUACUCGAAGGAAUCCAAUACUUGGCUGAACGCGGGAGGGUGCUGGCCACCUUGACAAUGAAUACCAUCUUUCUCACUCAGUCUGGCAAAGUCAAGAUAGUGGGUGUCGAGGACAGCUGCGAGAUAACCGCUUCGGAAAUGGAUGCUGCGACAUUGAAGCUGUACGCUUUAGCGGAUAUUGUCAUCAAGCUUAUGGGAAAAUGCCAUUCGACGCAUGAGUGGCCUGUCGAGAUUGGAAUUCUGCCUGAUCGGCUUAAAUCACGCUCCUUGAGAGAGAUUUUGCAGACAACCCUCUUUCAGCAAACGCCAUGUCCAGAAGAGUUGAUCUUGCUUGUCAACUUAACGAACAAGAUCGCGUUUCAUCGAGUCGAAUCUCAUCCUCAUCGUGUAUGA